AUGUUCGGCGCAUUGCGAAGAUGUCCGGCAACCCUCUCGAGGAGUCUGGCCGCGACUGCAGUCUCAGCUAGGGCUCUGCAGAGGCCUCUCCUCUCGUCCUCUGGCGCUCUGAGGACGCCGACUUACCGCCUGACGGAGGCAUCAUUGGCGGGCUUCCACCACAGCACAAAGUGGCAACAAAUCGCUGCACACGCCCAGGCAGAGGCAGAAGAUGCCCCCAGCCUGGAUGAGCCCGUCACGAGGUUCAAGGAUCUCGCAACCCUCGGCCUUGUGCACCCCAAUGUCAUCAACACCAUCACCAAGCAGAUGAGGCUCGAGACGAUGACGGACGUGCAGACGCGGACCAUCAACGAGGCCCUGAGCGGCGUCGACAUCAUCGCACAAGCGAAGACUGGUACCGGCAAAACACUCGGCUUCCUCAUCCCCGUCAUCCAACGCAUCAUCACAAACGACCCUCAGCUCGGUGAAAAGGCUCGCGGCUACAAGCGCGCCAAGUCCGACGACAUCAGGGCCAUCGUCAUCUCGCCGACACGUGAGUUGGCAGAGCAGAUCGCCGUCGAGGCCAGGAAGGUGACUGCGGGCACUAGCCUUGUCGUGCAGACGGCAGUCGGUGGCACACAGAAGAGACAGAUGCUGCAGAAGACGCAGCGUGAGGGGUGCCACAUCAUGAUUGGCACGCCUGGCCGCUUGUUGGACAUCCUCUCAGACCCUUACUCGGGCGUCAAGGCUCCCAAUCUCAACGCUUUUGUCAUGGACGAGGCGGAUCGUCUGCUCGACGACGGUUUCACAAAGGAGAUUGACGAGAUCAGAAAACACUUGCCCGACCCGGAGGUUGUUGAACGCCAGAACCUCAUGUUCUCCGCCACCGUCCCGCGCGAUGUUGUAGACCUGGUACGCAAGACUAUGCGUCCAGGCUUCCACUUCGCCAAGUGCGUGCAGGAAGACGAGGAGCCGACCCACCAGCGUAUCCCGCAAAAGUACGUUAACGUGGCCGGUUUCGAGAACAUCAUGCCCACGCUCUACGAACUCAUCUUGACGCACCACCAAGCCACCCGGAACGGCAACGGACGCCCAUUCAAGGCCAUUCUCUACUUCAACUCAACCGCCGAAGUCACUCUUGCAUCGUCCGUCUUCUACAAACUGAGCGGCGGCUUCAAGCGCGACACGCCUCUGGCUGGUCUACGCGGCUACGAAAUCCACGCCAAACUGUCCCAGAUGCAAAGGAGUCGGGCUGCCGACGACUUCCGUGCUGCCAAGAGCGGAACCCUCUUCUCAUCUGAUGUAACUGCCCGAGGCAUGGAUUUCCCUAACGUCACCCACGUCAUCCAGAUUGGUCUCCCUCGCGAUCGCGACUCUUACAUCCAUCGUCUUGGUCGUACUGGACGUGCUGGCAAGGAAGGCGAGGGCUGGCUGAUCUUGACGCCCUUUGAGCGCAACGAGGUCCGCCGCCGUCUCCGCGACUUGCCCCUCAUUGACGCCACUCAUGAACUCGAGACUCCAACCAUCGACAUGAGCCAGGCCACCGAGGUUCCUGAGAACGUCGCCAACAUCCUCUCUGAGGUCAUCGAGGCGCACAAGAAGGUUUACCCCGAUCAGCUUGACGCCGCGUUCCGUGGUCUGUUUGGCUCAUUUCAAUGGUAUGGUGACAAGCAGGGUCUGCUCGAGGGUGCGAACCGUCUGGCGGAGUUUGGCUGGGGAAUGCCAUCGCCACCCAACCCUCCGUCUAGCUUGUUCUCUGGUGGCAGGGGCCGCGGUGGUGGUGGUGGACGAGGAGGAUUUGGUGGCGGACGAGGUGGGUUCGGUGGUGGCCGAGGAGGUGACAGGGGCGGUGACAGGGGAGGAUUCGGUAGUAGAGGAGGCGCUGAUGCGUUCGGUGACCGCCAAUCCCGAGGAGGCGGUGGAUUUGGCGGUGACAGGCGAGGCGGCGGUGGCGGCGGCUUUGCUGACCGCAACGGUGGAGAAAGGAGAAGCGGCGGCUUCGGCGACAGGGAAGGUGGUGACAGGAGAAGCGGCGGCUUCGGCGGCGGUGACAGGAGAGGCGGUGGCUUCAGUGGAGGCGACAGGGGAGGCGACAGGAGAGGUGGUGGAAGCUUCGGCGGAGGUGACAGGAGAGGCGGAGGUGGCUUCGGCGGCGGCGAGCGAAGAGGUGGUGGUGGCGGAUCGCGCCCGAGCUACUAA